AUGAGGAAGAGGCAGAAGAGAGCGGAAGCCGAAACUGAAGCAGAGAGAGUUGAAAACGACAAAGCAGAAAACGAGCUCGAGCUCACUAAUGGCGAUUCUCGCAAAAAGAAGAAUAAGAAGAAGAAGAAAAAUAAAGACAGAAAUGAGAGUGAUAAAGAAAUAAUCGAAGCAAAGGAAAUACCUACGGUCAGCAUAGCCGUUUCUGGUUCCAUCAUCAAUAAUGCUCAAUCUCUCGAACUCGCCACUCGAUUGGCUGGUCAAAUUGCUCGUGCUGCGACCAUAUUUCGAAUCGAUGAGGUUUCUAUCUUGGUUUUCACUGACUUAACUGUGGUGGUGUUUGAUAAUAAGAGUGGUUAUGAGAAAGAGGAUCCUACGGUCACUGCAUACAAUAAUUCGGAUGAGAAUGAGAGUGGUUCGGCUUUUUUCGGAAUGUUGCCCCCGCUUGAUGCUCCACACCAUCUGCGCAAACAUGAGUGGGCUCCAUUUAGGGAAGAACCAACUUUUGAUGUGUCUUACAAUAACACUGUAGGUGUCACGCUGAAUGAAAAAGUUCCAAACUCUGGGGAAACACUAGUUGAUGUGGGUUUAAGUAAGAAUGUUGCCAUAAAUCAAGUGCUUGAACCUGGAAUAAGAGUAACUGUGGCUAUGGGAACCAACCGCAAUUUGGAGGCUGAUUCACCACGCCAGGUUGUCUCAUUAUCGAAGCCAAGGGAGGAAGCAGGAAUGUAUUGGGGGUAUAGAGUGCGAUAUGCUUCUAAUAUCAACUCAGUAUUUAAGGAUUGUCCAUACAAGGGUGGCUAUGAUCAUUUGAUUGGUACCUCAGAGCAUGGUCUCAUUAUUAGCUCAUCGGAGCUUUCUUUACCAACAUUCAGGCAUCUGUUGGUUGCUUUUGGCGGGCUUGCUGGAUUGGAAGAGGGUAUUGAAGAAGACAGUAACUUAAAAGAACAAGUUAUUUCACCUCUCCUUCCUUGGGUAAAGAUGUUCGUGAGGAAGCAAUUUUCAUAUCGCUUCAGUAUUUUCAAGAACCAAUCAACCGAGCACUGCAAAGAGUUCAACAUUAAAAGUUACCAGAAGUCAGCCAGGUAUAAUGGCGAUUCUGCUCUUGAUGCUUUGAGUCUCCUAAAAACAAUUUUUGAGAUUCUGGAAUUGGUUUCUUGGAAAGUGGAAGAUUCAAGGAUUUUCAUGUUCGUUGCUUAG